AUGUUCAAGAGAAGUAAUGCUCACCAACUCGAGGAUGAUUCUCAGCAAGAUAACAAGGUUAGCAAAUUGAAAUCGGCGUUAGGACCACUCUCGGGACAUAGUUUAGUUUUCUGCUCUGAUGCUUCCUUGAGGAGAUAUCUGGAUGCUCGUAACUGGAAUGUAGAAAAAGCCAAGCUAAUGAUUCAGGAGACUCUUAAAUGGAGAUCAACAUACAAACCUCACGAGAUCCGUUGGCAUGAAGUAGCACAUGAAGGUGAGACUGGGAAAGUUUCAAGAGCUAGUUUCCAUGAUCGACAAGGUAGGACUGUGCUUAUAAUGAGACCAGGUUUGCAGAACACAACGUCAGCAGAAGGAAAUAUCCGGCAUUUGGUGUAUCUUCUUGAAAACGCAAUCAUAAAUCUUCCAAAAGGACAAGAACAAAUGUCUUGGCUCAUAGAUUUUACUGGCUGGUCCAUGGCUCAUAACGCCCCAAUGAAAACAACACGAGACAUUAUCUACAUUCUACAGAACCAUUACCCCGAGAGACUCGGCAUCUCCUUUCUCUACAAUCCUCCAAGACUCUUCCAAGCAGGCUACAAGGCUGUUAAGUACUUCCUGGACCCAAGAACAGCUCAAAAGGUGAAGUUUGUGUACCCUAAAGACAAAACAAGUGAUGAAAUGAUGAGAUCACACUUUGAUUUGGAGAAUCUUCCAAAGGAGUUUGGAGGAGAAGCAACACUAGAGUAUGAUCAUGAGGAUUUCUCAAGGCAAAUGUUUGAAGACGAUGUCAAGACCGCAAAGUUCUGGGGUUUAGAGGAGAAACACUAUCCCAAACCAAACGGUUUCUCUGCAUCUGAUGUUGUUCCUGAGCCGGCUACUUCUCUUGCAUCAGUAGCUAGCUGA